AUACAAUAUUUGGAAGACAGAUCGGAUCCUGCCUAGCGUAAUAGAGCGUUGCUAUGUUAUGCAUCUUUGAAAAAUGAGGCCCUCAUCGGCUUCGCCAAAUAGCCUCGGCCAAGCGUUCGCUAUCUGUCGGCUGUGAGCUCGUGUCGGCCACCAUCUCGUAUCGGCUAUCACUUCUCUAUCUUUUCUGCUACCGCCAUCGACUUGCUUCUCGCUUUCGCUCAAUCGUCACCGCUCAUUGCCAGACCUCUCGAUACAAGCCAUUGAGCUUGUCGGCACUACUGAUCAGUACAAUGUUGACGGAUGCAUAUCCCUACAAUCUGGGCACCUAUCAUAAGCCCGUGACGACGACAAGCCAGAUUUCUCAAGUAUGGUUCGAUCGUGGUCUGAUCUGGACGUAUGCUUUCAAUCACGAGGAAGCUAUCGAGUGUUUCAACCAAGCUAUCAAAGCAGACCCGAAUUGCGCGUUGGCGUAUUGGGGUCUCGCGUAUGCUUCUGGCCCGAAUUACAACAAACCUUGGGAGUUCUUCGACGAGGACGACUUUGUCAGAACUGUCAAGAAAGCAGACGAUGCUGCUGUUGAAGCAAAGCAGCGAGGCAAAUCUGCUUCGCCGCUCGAGCAGGCUCUGAUCGAGGCGCUACAGUCUCGCUAUCCUUCGGAUCUCUCUCGCAAGUACAACCAGAACGACUUCAAGUCUUGGAAUCAGUCAUAUGCGGACGCCAUGAGAAACGUCUACGAAGAGUUUUGCGAUGAUCUCGAUGUCGCAACCCUUUUCGCAGAUGCUCUUAUGAAUGUCACUCCCUGGGGCCUGUGGGACUUGAAGAGUGGCGAGCCUGCUGCUGACGCACAUACCUUGGAAGCAAAGAGUGUCAUAGAACGCGCCCUGAAACAAUCCGGCUCAGACAAGCACGCUGGACUUUUGCACAUGUACAUCCAUCUGAUGGAAAUGUCGAGCAAUCCUGAAGCAGCUUUACCGAAAGCCAAUCUUCUUCGAGGUCUGGUACCGGAUGCUGGCCAUUUGCAUCAUAUGCCCACUCACCUAGACAUUCUUUGCGGUGAUUACGAAUCUGCCGCUGCUUGGAACCUCGAAGCCAUCAAAGCAGAUGAGAAGUUCUUGAGUCAUGCCGGACCAGUCAGUUUCUACACUCUCUACCGAUCGCAUGAUUAUCAUUUCCGCAUCUACGCCGCAAUGUUCGCUGGUCAGUCCAAGACCGCACUCGAGAGUGUGGCAGGUCUUGAAGCAUCUCUGCCUGCAGAUCUGCUCCGAGUACCUUCGCCUCCGAUGGCAGACUGGCUUGAAGGCUUCUUGUCUGUGCGAGUGCACGUUCUUAUUCGCUUCGGCUCGUGGGAAGAGCUUCUUGCCCUUGAGCUCCCAGCAGACGAUAAGCUUUACUGUGUUACGACAGCUUUCAUACGAUAUGGAAGAGGAAUUGCCUUUGCUGCCACCGGGCAAGUCCAGGACGCUAGAGCUGAGAUGAUCAAGUUCGAAAGUGCGCUAGAUAAUGUGCCUUCAUCACGUAUGCUGUUCAACAACCGCUGCAUCGACAUUCUGCAAGUUGCAAAGACGAUGCUCGUUGGGGAAGUCGAGUAUCGUGAUUGCAAUUUUGACCUGGCUUUCGAGCAUCUGGAAAGAGCAGUCAAACUCGACGACAAUCUGCCUUACGAUGAGCCGUGGGGAUGGAUGCAACCAACCAGACAUGCUCUAGGAGCAUUGCUACUUGAGCAAGGACAUAUCGCUCGUGCUGAAAAGGUCUUCAAAGCUGAUCUUGGUUUUGACGACACUCUUCCGCGAGCAUUACAGCAUCCGAACAAUGUCUGGUCUCUGCAUGGAUAUCAUGAAUCUCUUGUCAAAUUGGGCUGUGUCAAGGAAGCUGCUGAGGUUGAACCUCAAUUGGCGAAGGCUGUCGCAAAGGCAGAUGUACCGGUCAGAUCCUCCUGCUUUUGUCGCAAUGGGGGUGAAGUCCAAGACCGCAUCUCGUGAUCACCAUUGGCAAUGACUACAAAGAUGACACGGAUCGAGACCCGAAAACAACAUCUUUCAAACAGACUCCUCCUUGCAAUGGUGGCCUAAGGCCUUCUAAUGUAAUGACCGAAGAAAAGCGUUCCGCAUGUUUAAAGUCUAAUAAUUAGUAGUUACUUUUAGCAUGUAUAUCGGUAUAGCGGGGUGCAUAUAAGAGGAUAUAGGGAUG